AUGGAACCACUUUCCAUCGAAAAGGGUAUGAUUCAAGAUUUUAUGCCAUCCUUCUUUGAAUUAUCAUCCGAUCGUUUCAUUGACGAAUUUCAAGGUCUUGAAGCUGCUAUAGAUGGCCAUCUACUCGAUCACGACUCUCAUCCCAUUGUUCCAACUUUUACUGCAUUCUUUGAACGAGUGUAUCAUGGAGUGAGAUUUGAUGUUUCCAAUUUCUCAGCUCUUGAUGCGAUGGCCCUUCUCUCGUUCAAUGAAGCUUAUUGUAAAGAAUCCAAAUAUCAAGCCAUUCAAACCAAUCUCACUGAAAUUGCAGAAGAUGUCAUGUAUUCGACGGAUGCCUUUGAUAUUCCUUUACUGGCCUUUCAAUUACUUUAUCAUCCCAGAAAGAUUAAAAACAACGAUAAAGAUUAUGAAUUCAUCGCUGAUGCACUCGAAUGGCUCAUUGAUCAAUUCGAUAUGAAAGAAUUCUUUUAUGUUCAAUCGAACGAUCAAGAAUGGACUGAAGGUAAAAAGCUUCAUGCACCAAAGAAUGCCGAUUAUGAUCCUGAAAGAAACAAAUUCUUCUUUCAUCUUGUACAAAUGCUAGAUUCCAAUAACACAAAGAAGGAUGUUUUCAGAAUGAAGGGAUUUGGAGAGGGUUGUUUUGAAUUGUUGAAACAAUACUUUCCAGAGAAUGAGGAGUUUUUUAGACGUGUAUGUGGAAUGGAUAAAUCAUACAAUAAGGACGAUUCCUCAUCAUCAUCACCAUCGUCAUUGAAAAGAAAUGUGGAUCAAGUCAAUGAACCUGAAGAAAAUUCUUCUUCCAAGAUGAUGAAAAAAACUGAAUAA